AUGGUUGACCUUACGACCUGCCGCGUACAACAAACGCCGUCGCGGGCGCACCAUGGUCACUGUAGUCUAAGAGAAUACACUUCUGACUUUAAUAAAUAUACGUAUAGCAAUGAAAACUUAGCGCCGUCAGAACUGAAGAAGCUCAGGAACAAACAGAGGAAAGCGAAACGCAAAGCGGAACAGGAAAGCGCGCUGGCCGCGCAAGUACAGGUGAAACGUGAACAGCAUCACAAAGCGAGAAGAGAACAAGAGCAAGGAGACCCUGAGGCACCACAACUAGAUGAACUCAUACCUGACAAGCUUGCCAGGGCGGAAGACCCGUUAGAGCAGGCGAUAAAGUUCCUUUUACCCCUUCGGCAGCUGGCAGCCGAUAGAAUAGACACAUAUUUAAUGGCCUUCGAAAUAUACUAUAGAAAAGAAAAGCCUCUGCUAAUGUUGCAAAGUAUAAAGCGGGCGUGGCAGCUGGACAGCAAUCACCAGCAUUUGCACGAUUGCCUAGUGAGGUUUAAGUGCUGGCUCGAGGAGAAGAUGUCCGAGUUGAAUCCACACGUUGUGGAAGUCAUAAACGCGGAAACGAAGACGAUGUUCGGUGACCGUAGUGCGCUGACAAUAGCGGAGGAGUACGUUUCGAAGUGUGCGCAGACGUCACAGGCGGCGGCGUUGUGGGGUGCGCGAGCGCUGCGCCGGCUUGUGCCUGAACGCACGAAAGAAGCGCUUGCCCUCGCCACCUCACUCGAUACGCCGCAAUGUUCUAUACAGGGUUGCAUUGAAGUACUAGAAAGUCUAAGAGACGGAGACUUCGGCCCUUGCGAAAAUGAAAUCGAAGCCUACAUUGAGGCGUGUAGGGCGAAGUACCAGUACGCUAUAGCGUUCAGUCCGCCUGCGCCGGCGCAGGAGGAGAAUCACUUGGACGACGCCGCGCUUCAGCCCAAGGAGAUACAACUCAACUGA